AAACACCCACAGGCGUCCCGAACUAUAGGAAGAAACAUCGACUCGCAAGGAUCAGCCUUCAGCAAAAAAACAUACAAGACUCGAUGGGCAGCAGAGACAGGUCAAAAUCGCGCGACCGCGACUCGUCCUACCGACAUGGGCACCGCACACGAUCCGUCUCUCCUCGUAGGGAUCAUGACCGCGGAGACAAGCACAGAAGUGGUAAAAGAGAGGAUGAAAAGAGUCACAGGAGAGGCAGUCACAGUCGUCGGGACUCGGAUCGAAGGUCGAGCAGGAAGGAGAGACGGAGAGAAGCGACAUCGUCUUCUGAGGAAGAGACGCUAGAUUUGAAGGAGAUGGGGGUGGCAGAAAUAUCAGAGAGCGAUGACUUCUUGAAGUACCCGGAAUUCAAACGCUGGCUGAGAGACGACAGAGGAAAGUAUCUCGACGAGCUGCCUACCGAGUCUGGACAAAAGUACUUUCGGCGAUUUGUAAGACGAUGGAAUGACGGUGCUCUCGACAAACGAUACUACAAGACCUCUUCUUCGAGAUAUAGGACGGAUGGUUCUGGCGACCAUAGCAGUGUCCACUCUCGUGAGGGCACCGAGGGCGCUGCUUUCCCGUCCGUACGCCCUGAUCACCGGGUGACCAGCGUGAGACCAGAAAGGCGAGAUGUCGUCCCCGUCGGCCCCUCCCUUCCUUCCUCGCUGCGCCCCCUCGGCCCCUCUAUACCGUCCGCCGCCGACAGACAAUUCGCCCACGAAGCAUCUCAAGACGCUCGCAAACUGGAGAGAAAGGCCAUGUACAAGGAUCAAGCUCGUCGGGCAGAUGAUGAAGUGCCCAAAAGCGGUGGUCGUGAAGGCAGGAUUGAAGAGAGGAAAGCGGUGAACGCAGAGAAUAGGUUGCAUAGGGAGAAGGAUACUACAGCAGGAUUGGAGGUCGAUGACAAGACACUGAUGGGAGAUUCUAACAGUUUUGCCGCUGCGUGAGCAUCCACGGAACCAUAUUUGAGUGGUGAGCUAACGAAUGCGUAGGUUGAGGAGAAGGGAUGAAGCAGAAGCGAGGCGACGUGAGAAGAAAGAGUACAGGAAUCAAGAUCAGAGGGCGGCAGUGAGUGAGAGGUUGAGUGAGCGCAAGACGAAGGAGGACGCCACCAUGGAAAUGUUAGUUGUCUCGACACUCGGACAGAAUCCAGCUGACAGGCCGAAAUAGGUUCAAGCAAAUGGCGAAGCAGAGAUUCGGAUGAUGGUAAAACCAUAGUAUUGCCGUGGAGACAUGAAUGCCACCGUGCCAAAAACGGCCCCCAGUUCAAUGACUCUUCAAACCUGCAAGCAGU